AUGCUACAGAAUUUAAUAUUUAUAUUAACUGUUGUGUUAAUUAAUAUAUCCACCACUAACUCAUUUUAUUUACCUGGUGUUGCCCCUACUGAUUAUAAGCAAGGUGAUACUAUACCGUUAUUAGUUAAUCAUUUAACUCCUUCAUUACAUCAUGUAAGUCAUCAAAAUAAAAUAAAAUCAGCUACAUAUGUAUAUUCAUAUGAUUAUUAUUAUCCUAAAUUUCAUUUUUGUCAACCUGAAGGAGGACCAAAAAAGCAAUCUGAAUCUCUUGGAUCAAUUAUUUUUGGUGAUAGAAUUUUUAAUUCACCAUUUGAAAUUAAAAUGUUAGAACCAAUUGAAUGUAAAAAAUUAUGUACUUCAAAAUAUCCUAAAUCAGAUGCUGUUUUUGUCAAUAGAAAUAUAAGAGCAAGUUAUAGUCAUAAUUGGUUAGUUGAUGGAUUACCAGUUGCAAGAAUUGUUGAAGAUCAAAGAACUAAUUCUCAAUUUUAUGGUACUGGAUUUCAUAUUGGUGAAGUAAAUAAAGAUCAUGCUGCUGUAUUAUAUAAUCAUUUUGAUAUUAAAAUUGAAUAUCAUGUAAGAGGAGAAAAUCAAUUUAGAGUUGUUGGAGUAACUGCAACUCCUGCAUCAUUAGAUCGAUCAGAAAUUCCUGAAAAUUCACCAGAUGAAACUUAUUGUUCUAUUGGAGAAUUAAAACAAUUUCAUUUAGAUAAAGAUAAAGAUAAUGAUGUUUUAUUUACUUAUUCUGUAAAUUUUCAAAAAAGUGAUAUAGCAUGGGCAACUAGAUGGGAUCAAUAUUUACAUGUUUAUGAUCCAAAAAUUCAAUGGUUUUCAUUAAUUAAUUUUUCGUUAAUUGUUUUAAUUUUGGGAAUUGUUAUUGCUCAUAUAUUAAUUAGAACUUUAAAAAAUGAUAUUGUUAAAUAUAAUGAAGUUAAUUUAGAUGAUGAUUUAACUGAUGAAAGUGGUUGGAAAUUAAUUCAUGGUGAUGUUUUCAGACCACCUUCUCAAAAACAAUUACUUUCAAUAAUUGUUGGAAGUGGAUUACAAAUCUUUUUUAUGGCUUUUGUUACUAUUAUAUUUGCAUUAUUUGGAUUAUUAUCACCAUCAAAUAGAGGAUCAUUAUCUACUUUUAUGUUUAUUGUUUAUAUGUCAAGUUCAAUUAUUUCAUCAUAUAUUUCAGGUUAUUUAUACAGAUUUUUAGGUGGUGAAGAUUGGAAAAUGAAUUUAAUAUUAACUCCAAUAAUUGUACCAGGUAUAUUAUUUGGUAUAUUUAUAUUCCUUAAUUUCUUUUUAAUUUCAGUUGAUUCUUCAGGUGCUAUACCAAUGGGGACAAUGAUUACUAUUGUAAUGAUAUGGUUCCUUAUAUCUAUCCCAUUAUCAGUUGUUGGAUCCAUAUUAGCUUCUAAAAGACCAUUAUUGGAUAUUCCAGUAAGAACAAAUCAAAUUCCAAGACAAAUUCCACAACAACCUUGGUAUUUAAGAUUAAUUCCAAUUAUGUUUAUAAGUGGAAUUUUCCCAUUUGGAUCAAUUGCAGUUGAAAUGUAUUUUAUUUAUUCAAGUUUAUGGUUUAAUAAGAUAUUUUAUAUGUUUGGAUUUUUAUUUUUUUGCUUUUUGUUAAUGAUUUUAACUACAAGUUUAAUCACAAUUUUAAUGAUAUAUUAUACUUUAUGCUCAGAAAAUUAUAAAUGGCAAUGGAAAUCAAUAUUUAUUGGUGGUGGAUGUGCUAUAUAUGUUUUCAUACAUUCUAUAUUUUUAACUGGUGGUGAACGAUUAGGUGGAUUAUCUUCCUUUGUGUUAUAUGUUGGAUACUCAAUAGUUAUAUCAAUGUUGGUAUUCUUAUGUUGUUCAAGUGUUGGUUUCGUUAGUAGUUUAUUUUUCGUUAGAAAGAUAUAUGCACAAAUUAAAAUUGACUAA